AUGCUUCUCGCUGCCUGCGUCGCUACAUUCGCUUUCAUUGCUAUUAGCGAUGUAACUUCGCUCGAUAUUAAUCUGCUAAAGCUCGGCGAAUAUUACAAGCCUUGUAACUCUGAAGCAUCGGGUUUGCCAAACACUAAUGCCAACUUUCGUCGCUCGCCCUGUCCAGCACUGAAUAGCCUGGCUAACGGCGGAUAUCUACCAAGAAAUGGACAAGAUAUUACAAAGGAUAGUUUGAAGAACGCAGUCGUGCAAAUGUUCAACAUGGCUGAUGAAGUGGCCACAAACCAAGUUCGGCAAGCGCCGGACGGCGUGUUUGCUCUUAAUGAACUCAGCAAACCUGGUCUUGAGCACGAUGCAUCGCUGGUGCGUGACGACGCUUACUUUGGUCACGAUCCGAUGGUAGUAAACUUGACACUUGCCAACGACUUGAUAAAACGAGCUGAUACGAAUGGCAUGAUCAGCACUGCUGCCAUUGCAGCAGUUCGCAGAGAUCGUGCCACGUUCUGUAUGACGUCGAACCCAAGAUGUCAGUUUGGUGACUCGGAAAAGGGGAAAUCGUUUACACAGGCAGCUCUUCUCUUACUGAGCCUCGGUGUUGGUGAUGCCAUCUCAGUCGAAGCCGCCUGGUCGUUCCUUGUCGAUGAGAAAAUCCCAAGCAACUAUGUGAAGCCGGCCAAACCCGUUACGCUUAAUACAAUCCGUGUAAAAUCAGCGGAACUGGUUGCUUUGGCCGCCUAG